AUGGAGACGCUCAAAGCGUUGUUCGUCAAGCCUGACCCGCAGCAGCAGCUGCGGAAAUGCAACGCCCUCAUCCGUUCCAACAUCCGUAAACUAGACCGCGACAUCAACCAAGUCAGACAAGUGGAAGCCAAGACGAAGAACCUCAUCCUUCAGGCCGAUAAGCGGGCGCAGCGAGACCCUACGAGGCAGAAGCAAGCACAGAAGGAGGCCCGCGACUUCGCGCGCGAGCUCAUCCGGGCACGGAAGACCAGCAACCGGCUCGUCACGUCCAAGGCGCAGCUCAACAGCGUACAGAUGCAGGUUAACGAGGCUUUCGCCGUGCGCAAGAUCGAGGGCAGCAUCCGCGCAAGCGUCGGCGUGAUGAAGGACGUCAAUCGCCUGAUCCGGUUGCCUGAGCUGGCUGGAACGAUGCAGGAGCUGAGCGUGGAGUUGAUGAAAGCCGGCAUCAUCGAGGAGAUGGUCGGCGAGAGCCUGCCCGAGGAUAUGGACGAGUUUGAGGAGGAGGAGGCUGAGGGCGAGGUUGACAAGGUCCUCGGGGAGAUUCUCAAGGAUCGUAUGCCCAAGGAGCAGAUGCCCGCGGUACCGGUCCACCAGGAGCCCAAACCGGUCGAGGCCGAGGAGGAAGAAGAAGACGCCGAGGCCAUGAUGGACCAGAUGCGCAACAGGCUCGAGGCCCUGCGCAGCUGA